AUGAAAAAUGAAACGUUACAAGCCGUCCGGUUGGAUACUUCUUUAAAUAUUGAGAAACGACCGCUCCCAUUUACGAGCAGAUCGGUCUACUGCAAUACCAGUACGGGUAACCCGCGUCCAUAUAGCCCACCAUCUAUGCGCCGUCUCAUUUUUGAUCAUUUCCACUCGCAAGCACAUCCAGGAGGCAAGGCAAGGCAACGUUGCGGACCAUAUCAUGUUGUGCCUUGGAAAAUGAACAAAAAUCUGCUGAGACUAUUAAUUAUCUUCGUUUUUGAAUUUGUUUUACCAAAAACAAUUUAUCGAGAGUUUCAUCUUGAAAAAGUUUCAAAUAAUCAAGAAAUAAUGUGGGAAAAGCCUACAGAUUUACAAGGGAACUAUUUUGCUUACAUGGAAAUCUUUCCAGAGAAUAUAUUUGAAGAAAAGGCAAUAACAUUUUGUAUCUAUAAAGACGAUAGACAAAUAAAGAAAUACUUUGCGAAUUUAACAAAAUAUCAUAAUUUAAACAGAUAUGCAAUAACUAAAAUUAUCACGAUCAACUCUGGAGAAAGUAUAAAAAUAUCUUAUAAUGGAAAUAAAAUCUUUCGGUUGAGAGACGCGCCAACAAGUAGCAUUAUGUUGACUGAAAUUAGUGGAAAUGAUGAAAGCAAAACUACCAGAAUGAUUGAUCAAAGCAACUCUAGCAAAAACAAUCAACAAGACAAUGCUGCCAUAACCAACACUAUUAAUAUUUGGGUAGUCAUUACAUUGCUCAUUUGCGCAAAGUACUUUUCACUAUAG